AUGACCCACCAAACUCACUCUUACCACAUAGUAAACCCCAGCCCCUGACCCUUUACAGGAGCAUUUUCAGCACUUCUUAUAACAUCAGGCCUAAUUAUAUGAUUCCAUUUUAACUCAAUAGUCCUAUUAAUCCUCAGCCUAAUUACAAUUACCUUAACAAUAUAUCAAUGAUGACGAGAUAUUAUCCGAGAAAGCACCUUUCAAGGCCACCACACACCAACAGUCCAAAAAGGACUUCGAUACGGCAUAAUCCUAUUCAUUGUAUCAGAAGCCCUAUUCUUCACAGGAUUUUUCUGAGCAUUUUACCACUCAAGCCUAGCCCCCACCCCAGAACUAGGAGGAACCUGACCACCAACAGGCAUUCACCCCUUAAACCCCUUAGAAGUCCCCCUCCUCAACACCUCAGUGCUACUAGCCUCCGGUGUAUCUAUCACCUGAGCCCACCACAGCCUCAUAGAAGGGUACCGCAAACAAACACUCCAAGCCCUAUUUAUCACAAUUGCACUUGGCCUUUACUUCACUCUAUUACAAGUAUCAGAAUACUAUGAAGCCUCCUUUACAAUCUCGGACGGAAUCUAUGGGUCUACUUUUUUCGUAACCACAGGCUUCCACGGAUUACAUGUCAUUAUUGGAUCUAUCUUUCUCAUCGUCUGCUUCAUACGACAAAUAAAAUUUCACUUUACAUCAAGCCACCAUUUCGGCUUUGAAGCCGCUGCCUGAUAUUGACAUUUCGUAGAUGUUGUAUGACUUUUCCUCUACGUAUCAAUCUAUUGAUGAGGCUCAUAA